AUGUCAAUUAUAGGUCAAGGUCUUUCACGUGAAGACAUCAGUAGGGCACUUGGACUUGUGAGAUAUUUAGAAGAACAGCCUGAAUCCUUGAACUUUUCAGUUCCCGUGGACUACAUAUUGCUGCAGCUUCAUGACUAUCCAUAUAUCAUUAAGCAGCCAAUGGACCUCUCAACGGUGAAAAAGAAAAUAAAAACAAGUCAAUAUGCGAACUUUGAAGACAUGCUUUGCGACUUAAUCCUUAUAUGAGAUUAGGAUUAUUAAAGCCAGGCGUUAGCCAUAUUGGUCACGCAGUUGCAAAAGACCUUCAGUAUGAAGGUUCUACCGCUUUUUGACUCCAGCCCAGAGGGUCUUUCCAGGUGGCUGACACUCCGGUACCUUCUGUCUCCUUCUUGCGGCUUCAGUCUUGAGUAUUUAUGGAUUUUAUGGCACUGCUAUAGUUGAUUAGAGUGGCUUGAUUCCUAAUAAUCCUUGGAGUCUGUCUGUGCCGAAGUGCCUUCCUUCUACAGAUAAAUGAAAAAGAUUACUCCCUGGGAGCCGAAAACCCCAGUUUCUUGGUAGAGGAAUGUCCGUGUAUCCCAGAUCCAAAAGGACGUUGUGGAGCACCUCCAUUUCCAGCCAAAACCUACCCGGAUACACAUCUCUUGAGCCUUUAUUUGAUUCUUGGCUUUGAGUCCGUCCCAGUUUGCUUUACCAUAAGGUCUGAACUGUUGAACUAAGUGGCACGUGUCGGCAUUUUAAAAUAUAUUCCUUAUAUGAGAUAACUGUAGAACUUACAAUAUGGUUGAGUCUCCAAUUGUGCAACAGGCUGAUGCAAUGGAAAGGUGCAUGCUAAGAUUUUGCAAUCAGCAUGGGAUAUCACUUGAAGCCGCAAUGAGAAAGCCUAGAAUUGAAGAACACCCUGAUUGUGUAAGUUUUAAAGACAAAGAAGCUCUCUCUGAAAGGCUUAAAAUAACCCCGCCAGAAAAAUUAGAGGAAAUUGUACAUAUAAUUGAAAGAGAAUGCCCAUAUGCUAUAUUAAAAAUUACAGAAGAAAGAUCACAGUUAAGGAUUGAUGCAAUCGAUAAAAAGGUAUUUCAAAGAAUUAAUAUACUGUAGUGUGCUAAAAGUCAUUAAAAUUUGAAUUUUAGGUUUUUAACGACAUUCAAAUAGAAAAGAAUAGGUAAAUGAUAUACAGAAUGCUAGACAAUGAAGAAAGGGAUUCUUCAUUACCUAUAAAAAAGAUUAAAAAUGAAGCCUAG